AUGGCCUUAUUACCUGGAAAUCCGAUUCAACAACGAGUGCGGGAUCUGAUCUCGGAACAUCGAGAGGCCGGGUGGGACAAAGCAUGGCAGGAAAAUGUGACACCAUGGGAUGCAGGACAGCCCCAGCCAGCGUUACGACAGCUGGUAGAAUCGAAAAUUCUCGACUUGCCUACAUCUGGAAGAGCCCUCAUCCCAGGCUGUGGUCGAGGAUAUGAUGCUAUGUUGAUCGCCACCAAUCUGGGCUUGGAUACUCUUGCGGUCGAUAUAUCGCCCACAGCGGUUGCAGCUGCAAAAGCCGCUGUAGAAGGAUCCAAUCUACCCUCAUCGGUCAAGGUGACUAUCGAACUGGACGACUUUUUCGCACUGGCCUCAUCCGCACCGAAGCAAUUUGAUCUAGUAUAUGACUACACAUUCUUCGUGGCGAUACUACCCUCCCAGCGAGACGAUUGGGGCAGAACAAUGUCUUCCAUAGUGAAGCCGGGUGGAUAUCUCAUCACGCUCGUCUUUCCUAUUGAUCCACCGCAAGAGGUUGGGCCCCCUUUCUACGUCAGACCAGAGCACUAUGUUGGACCGCUCGGAGCCGGUUGGGAGAAGGUCUACGAUGAAGCCCCAGAGGUCAGUCUCGGGUCGCAUGCAGGAAGGGAGAGGAUGAUCGUCUGGAAGAGGUUGCUGUAA